AUGUUUUUUAUUUUAUCGUUUUUCUUAACAUUCUUAACAAUCUAUUCAAAGAACUUAAGAGAAAAUUUAUUAGUAGGAUAAACUAAAAGAUUUAAUGUGGAAAAAAAUGAUUUAAAUACUAUUUAUGUUCAUUUGAUACCACAUUCUCAUGAUGAUGUUGGAUGGCUUAAAACUUAUGAAUAAUAUUAUUAUGGUCUAAAUAAUAAAGUUUAAUGGGCAGGAAUAUAAUAUACUAUUGAUAGUGUUGUCAGAUCAUUAUUUUUUGAUUAAACUAAAAAGUUUAUUUAAGUUGAAAUUGCAUUUUUUAAAUUGUAAAUUCUUUCAUUACUAUUAUAAGAUGGUGGGAUGAAUAAAAUGAUGAUGUAAGAAAUAAAACUAAAUAUCUAAUCAAAAAUGGAUAAUUUGAAUUUAUUAAUGGAGGUUGGUGUAUGAAUGAUGAAGCAACUGCAUAUUAUGAAGAUAUUGUAGAUUAAAUGACCUUAGGACAUUAAUGGAUUUUAGAUCAUUUCUAAAUUUAACCUACUAUUGGAUGGCAAUUAGAUCCCUUUGGUCAUACAUCUGCAUAAGCUGAAUUGUUCGCUUUAAUGGGUUUUGAUGCUUGGUUUUUCAGUCGUAUUGAUUAUUAAGACAUGAAUUUAAGAAAAGAUCAAAAAAAAAUGGAAUUGUUAUCAAUUGUUGAUCAAUAUUCCAUUUUUACACAUAUUAAUUAUAAUCAUUAUGAAGCUCCUCCUUAAUUUAGUUUUGACUCUUUACAUAAUUAAGAUCCAAUUGUAGAUAAUUAAAAUAGCAUUCAUUACAAUGUAGAUAAAAGAGCAGAUGUUUUAGUGGAUUAUUUUAAAUAACAAAACUAAAGUUAUAUUGGAAAUAUAUUAAUGCAUACAUUAGGUACAGAUUUUGGUUGGUCUAAUGCACCUAUGUAUUAUAAGAAUAUAGACAGGUUGAUCAAAUAUAUUAAUGGGAAUAAGCAAAAAUAUAAUAUGUAGAUUAUGUAUUCAACUCCAACUUAAUAUGUAUAAGCCAUUAAUUAAUUAAAUUUACAAUAUCCAACAAAAGUAGAUGAUUUUAUGCCAUAUGCUGAUAGACCUAAUGCAUAUUGGACAGGAUACUUCACUAGUAGAGUGUCAUUAAAAUUGUUGAUAAAAUAAUUAGGAAGAUUUGCUUAAAUUUAAAGGAGAUUUAUAUCAACACUUUUACUCAAUGGAAAAUCUUAAUAUGUUCAAGUUAAUCGUUAAUAAAUAUUAGAUGCUUAAUAAAUAUUUGAUUAGGCUUUGGCAACAAAUCAACAUCAUGAUGCAGUAACAGGAACAGCUAAAUAAUAUGUUACAGAUGAUUACAUUGAAAUGUUGUGUAAUGGACAUUAAAAAAUAAGUUAAUAACUUUAUAAAAUCAUGAAAGAAUUAAUAGAAUUUGAAAUUCAAGAUGAAACAUCUUAAAUAGUCUUUGAGGAAUGCAAUUACAAUUAAACAGCUUCCUCUUGUAAACUUGUUUAUGAAUAAUUAAAGAAUGGAAAUGCUAUAUAAAUUAAUAUUAUUGAUAGCAAAAAUAUUCCAAUCUAAGAUUAUGUAUAAAUUAAAGUACCUAAAAUCAAUUUGACUAUUUAUGAUUAAACAAAUAAGAUAUUAACAGGUGAUAUUGUAUGUAUUAAUAAUGAUGAUGAUUGUGAACUCUAUUUCAUAUAUACUAGAAAUCCAAAAUAAAUUAUUGAAUAUUUUAGAAUAUUACCAAAUUAAGAAACCCCAAGUGCAAUUAUUGUUUUACCUUAAGGAGAAUCAUUAUAAUAUAACAGUACUUAAGAUUAUAUUUAAUUAAACAAUUCAAAGUAAUUCAAAUUAACUUAUAAAUAUUAUCUCUCUUCUGAAGAUAAACAAUAUAGUGGUGCUUAUAUAUUCAGACCUAGAGACAGUUCAGAAGAGGCAAAUGAAUUUGGGGAAAUUAAAACACAUAGAUUAUAUAUAGGAAAGCUCAUUUAAAUAUUUUAUAUUGAAAGGGAUUAUGUACAUACUAAAAUUAAGAAAUUAGAACAUAAUGAAGACACUUAUGAAAUAGAAUCAUACAUUACAGAAAUUCCUAUACAAAAGGAAAAUGGAAAGGAAAUAGUAAUGAUUAUUUCUACAGAUAUUUAAAGUGAAGAUAUAUUUUAUACUGACAGUAGUGGAAUGAGAAUGCAAUAAAGAAAAUUAAAUUUUAGACCUACUUGGGAUUUAGAUGUAAAUUAGCCAAUAGCAGGUAAUUAUUACCCAGUUAAUGGAAUAUUGUAAAUUUAGAAUAAUUAAACAGGAGAAGUUGUAGCUAUUUUAAAUGAUAGAUCAUAAGGAGGUACUAGUUUACAUUCUGGCCAAUUAGAAUUAAUGAUUCAUCGAAGAUUAUUAAAAGAUGAUGCUAGAGGUGUUGGGGAACCUUUAAAUGAAAAGUAAUCUAAUGGAAGAGGAUUAAACCAAAUAUUUUAACAUACCUUAACAUUUUUCAAUAAAAAUAAUCAACCUAAUUAAGCUAGAUAAUUUUAAUAUAUUUAAGACCUUAAGCCAAUUAUUAUUUUUAGUAAUUGUAAAAAUGAAGUAUUCCCUUAACCAGUAAAAUCCUUUAAAAUUACAUAUCCAAGAGAUUUAGAGAAAUUAUUCACUACUAAUGGUUAAGCAAUAACUAAAUUUUAUUUGUAAACUAUAGGUGUAGAUUAAUAUAUCUAUCGAAUUCAUAAUUUGGGAGAAGAAGGAACAUUUCAAUUACCAGAAUUAGAUUAGUUUUAAAUAGUAGAAACUACUUUAACAGGAAAUCAAUUAUGGACUGAAUGGUUAGAUAAAAAAUUAAGUAAAUAAAGUUUCUUAUAGUAGAUUGGAAAGUUUAAGAAGGAUUAUAAUAACCAAAAGAUUAGCCAGAACAUAAUUCAACUGUGUUACCAUAACAAUUAAGAACCUUCCGAUUAACAAAAAAGAGUAAUUCUAAUUAGUGAG